AUGCAAACUGAGACAGAUAAUGAACAUGAAGCAGAAAAAGAAACUUUGGAUUUCACCGUAAGGUACAAAGAUGUCCUUGACAGAUCAGACAUCCCUAAGCUUGAGAUCCCAUUCACAAUACAGGAUGUCAUCGCUAAGACUGAGCAAGCACAGCUCCAUCGAGCCAGAGAGGGCCUUAAUAUGGAGCUGAGUGACAUAAUGCACAAUGUGCAGCGGAUAUUAAAUCGCUAUACUGUUGAUGAGCAUGUGCACUCUGGAAGGAAGAUAUUCCUUGAAGAACAUAAGAAACGGAGAACAAGUUUGCUGGAGAAACUAGCUGCUUAUAUUAAGUCUGCUGAUAUUAAAGACAAGACUCUUGCCGACUUCCUGGCCUGGUUGGAAGAAUGGCAUGCCAUUCUGUCUGGGAUGACUGCAAUCAAUACUGAUGAACACUACCACUGGACAGCACAAAUGGAGAUGUUACCAGAAACAUUCAAAUCUAUUGAGAACAGUGUUAAGAUACUGAGCAGGAUUAGUACAUCUAUGCUUGAAGAAAAGAGGAAACAAAAGAAAACAACAGCAUUUAGAGGUUCUCUAUGGAAAUCCUGGAAAGAAAGAGUUAUAAAGCGACCUGCAGCAGCUCAUGCUUUAAGACCAGAUCAGAUGAUUAGUGAUGAAUUUGCAACAAAUACAAAGGUUUCAGAAAUCCAAGAUAUGCUACAGGAACUCAUAGGUACUGCAAUGUUCAAUAAAUUGGAAAACAAUGCUAUUAAAUAUAUAUCAGCAACAAUAAGAAACCUUUCUAAAGCUUUGAGUACACUAAAGGAUGAAGUAAAAUUUAUUAACCUCCAAAGUGCCAAUAUGUACAUAAAUGAGACAAGUGAAGGAGAAAAAGAGAUUUCCCUGAAGAUAGUACAAGAUCUCAGUGAAAAAAAUGAAAUGCUUCAGCAGAAGCUUCAAGAAGCUGAAGAAAAAUAUGAACAACUCAUUCAAUCCAAAGGUGUAGAACACCAAGCAUUGCCCACAUCAACGUUGGAAGUGUUAUCUGAGCCUUCUCCACAAUCAUCCAUGGCCGUUAGCCAAGCUCACAUAGAAGACAGUAUAGACAACAUUUUAUCCAAAGAAUUUAAAAACACUCCAGAUGAGGUCCAAAGAAAAGGGACCAAACUCUUGGGGAUCAAGUGGGACUCAGCUAUUUCAUAUAUAGAUCCAGCAGAAAUGAUUUCAGAUUUAACUGACCAGCAAUACUCUUUACCUGAAAAAAAACAGAAAAAGUCUUCUGAAGAUAUCACUGAAGAUAAGAUAUCAGAGAAGAAAGGUGGUGCCUAUGAGAAAGAUGAGACUAAUCAGUAUCAAUCACAGAAAGGAAAGCAUGUGAAAGGUCCACCUGUCCCCAAAACAUCUGAAUCAAGUUCAAAUGAUGAUAAAGGUAAACACAAAGUUGCAGGGACCAAACUUGAUCACCACUUUGAGUUACCAGCACUGGAAGAGAAGAGAAAAGAAAUAAAAUCUUUUUCUGAAGCCAAAUCAAAGUCAUCCACUGAAUCAAAAAGUCAACAUGCCCUUGCUGAUUUCCCUUCUACUGACACAAAGAGCCAAGGUGGCAAAAGUGGAACAAGUAGUUUAUGGGAACGACUCAGGAAGGCCAAACCUGAAUAUUCACUUAGCAAAAGCCAAAUUUCUUCGGGGAAUAAAGAGGAACUUACCACUGAGUCAACAGACAAAGAGGGCAAACAUAAGAUGAGUAGCCUAGCAGAACCAUUCAGGUUGAGCCAACUGGAUUAUUCCAAUGAGAAACUGAAAACAAAAGGAAAGAAACACCAAACCUCUCCAGGAACCACUGCAAGCAAAGAAGAAAAAACUGAAGAGAAGGAUAUGUUAGUCUCCAACAAGAAAGUCAAGUCUUAUGAACUUGUUAAAUCACAACCUAGGACAACUAAAGAGACUUCAGACUCUACCAGAGCUCUAGGAAGUCCAGACAGCAAAAAUGAACAAAAUAACAUAGAAGAAUUUCAGAAAGCCAUAAUGGCAUUCCUAAAAGAGAAAACUGAUAACAUAGGAAAGCCUUUGGAUAAAAAGACUGUGCCAAAAGAGGAGUUGUUAUUAAAUAUAGCAGAAGUUGAAAAAUUAGGAAUCAUAAAGACAAAAAUGGAGGAAUAUUUCCAAAAAGUGGCUGAAUCUGUGACAAAAAUCUUGAGAAAAUACAAAGAUAUAAAAAAUGCAGGACAAGUUGGAGAGAAACCUAUGAAACAAAAAAAGGAAGUCUCAUUUAUGCCAGGAUUGCAUUUUCAGAAGCCAAUUAGUGCAAAGUCGGAAAUUAGUGCCUUACUUUCACAUGAGAGCCUUGACCCACUAACUUACAAUUUAAUACAAAUGAUCUUGACUGAAAUAGAAAGUGAAAGAGAUGUUCCAGUAGCCUCAACAGUAGGGAGAGACCAUAAGGAGAAGGAAAAACAAAGACAGGAGGAAUAUUUGCAAGAGGGUCAAAGUAAGAAUUUUGGUACAAUUUUCAAACACCACUUGCAAGAAGAAAGGAGCUAUGAGACGAUAAAUCAGAAUUUGGAGAAGGAAGGGAAAUGGCUCCCAGUGAAGGAGGGAAAGCAAAGGCAACAGAGGCAGAUACAGUGGCAAGAAGAAGAGGUGUGGAAGGAACAGCAAAAACAGAGGAUGCAAAAGCAGACUAAGCCAGAUGAGAAGCAAAAGCAAGGGGAAGAGGAGAGAGAAGGGCAUCAGAAGCCAAAGCAGCAGCAGCUGGAAGCAGGGAAGCAAAAAAUAAAAGAGCAAGGGGUGCUCUUGGAGAGGGAGAAAAGACAGCAGAUGAUGCAGGUUCAGGAAGUGAGACACCUGGAGCAAGAAAGCAGUUGGGAGAGAGAGGAGGAGAAGCAGAAGCCAAGGAGAAAGGUAGAGGACCAUGAAAGGCAGAGUCAGAAAACAGCAAAGGAUCAAACGAAGACUUCUGAAGAGCUAGAACAGUUUCUCAGUCAAACUUCAGUGACAUUGCCUCCCACGUGGAAGAGCAUAACAAAAGAUGCAUUCCAGUUACAGCAAACAAAAAAGUUCAAAAGGAAUCUUAAGAAAUUAGAGAUUCUUGAGGAAGGACAGCACCCCAUACCAAUCACUCCUCCCACUUUCACAGAUUCUUCCUCACCCAGGGUCUUUUCUAUUUCUGGACAGUCUCCCACAAAGUCCAUCACUCUUACCCCUCAGCAGGCUCAGGCAAUAGAAAUUGAUCUCACCCCUGAGGAGACCCAGACACUGGGAAUCGCUCCUACCUCUCAUCACUUUCAGGCAUUGGAGGAAACCCCUACUUCUAAGAUGUCCCAGGGUUUGGAAGCAGCCCACAUACUUGAGCAGGCACAGGCAGUGAGGACUCUUCUCAUUCUUGACCAGAUCCUUAAAUCGAAGACCCCUUUCAAACUUCAGCAGGAACAGGUAUUAGAGGCAUCUCUCACUCCAGAACAAGCCCAGGUACUGAGGAUCCCAAUUACCCCUGAGCAGGCCAAGGCAGAGGGGACCACUGUCACACCUGAGCAGGCCUACGCUCAAAGCAUCACCCUCACCCCCCAGCAGGCCCAGGCACUGGGGGUCACACUCACCCCUGAGCAGGCCCAGGCUCAAAGCAUCACCCUCACCCCUCAGCAGGCCCAGGCAUUGGGGGUCACCCUCACCCCUCAGCAGGCCCAGGCACUGGGGGUCACACUCACCCCUGAGCAGGCCCAGGCUCAAAGCAUCACUCUCACCCCUCAGCAGGCCCAGGCAUUGGGGGUCACCCUCACCCCUCAGCAGGCCCAGGCACAGGGGGUCACUCUCAUCCCUCAGCAGGCCCAGGCUCAAGGCAUUACCCUCACCCCUCAGCAGGCCCAGGCACUGGGGAUCACACUCACCCCUCAGCAGGCCCAGGCACUGGGGGUCACUCUCAUCCCUGAGCAGGCCCAGGCUCAAGACAUCACCCUCACCCCUCAGGAGGCCCAGGCACUUGGGGUUACACUCACUCCUCAGCAGGCCCAGGCAUUGGGGGUCACACUUACCCCUGAGCAGCCCCAGGCUCAAGGCAUCACCCUCACCCCUCAGGAGGCCCAGACACUGGGGGUCACACUCACCCCGGAGCAGGCCCAGGCUCAAAGAGUCACCCGUACCCCUCAGCAGGCCCAGGCACUGGGGGUCACACUCACCCCUGAGCAGGCCCAGGCUCAAAGCAUCUCCCUCACCCCUCAGCCGGCCCAGGCACUGGGGGUCACUCUCACCCCUCAACAGGCCCAGGGUUUGGGGGUCCCUUUCACUUUAGAACAGGCUCAAGUAUUGCAGGUUUCUCUCUCUCCAGAACAGUUUGGAGAAUUAGGGGCCCCUCUCCUCUCAGAUAAAGUCUAUGACUUAGAAUCUCCCCAUACCCCAGAACAAAUCCAACUUUUGGGAACCCCGUUCACCCCAGGACAGGCCCGUUCCAUGGGUAUUACCCUUAUGUCUGAGCAGGGUCUAAAAUCUAGACCUUCUCUCAUUAAUGAGCAGCCCUCACGAUGGUUGGUUGGUCCUCCUUCAGGAUAUACCCUGGGAGUUGAGGUCUUUUCCAUUGCUGAUAAAUCUGUAACAGCAAGUGCUCCUCACAUUCCUAAGCAGUCUCCUGCAUCACCUGCUCCUGUUGCUGAGAAGUCCCCUAUAUUUGAGGUCUCUUCUACUCCUCUGCAGAUAUCAAGGUCUCCUCUUACACAAGCCCCCCUUGCCCCUGGGAAAUCUGUAGGAAUGAGGAUUCCUUCAGACCCUGGGAAGCUCCUGGCACCACAGACUUUUCCUUCCUCUAGACAGACCCCAGUUUCUCAGGGUCAAUCCACCUCUGUUCAGCUCCCAACACCAGUUCACAGCCUAAUAUCUGGGUUUCCUCCCAUUCCAGGGCAGCCCCUUAUAUCGAAGCUCCCUGUUGUCCCCAGACAGUCCCUUAUAUCUGGAGUCCUACCCACCUCUGCACAGAUUCCCAGUGUCUGGGCUCCUCUCUCUCCAGGGAAGCCCUUGGUUCCUGGGGCCUCUUCCAUCCCUGGAGGGCUCUUGGAAUCUAGACCCUUAACCCUCUCUGAGCAGCCUCAGGUAUUCCAGACCCCUGCCACCCAUGAGCAAUCUCCCUAUCUACAAGCCCCUUUUACCCUUAGGCAGCAUCUGGCACCAGCGACCCUUCCUGGGCAAGCUUCCUCACUAUGGAUCCCUCCUACCCCUGGGUCUUCCCCAACACUAUGGGUGCCCUCAAUCCCCGCAAAACCCCAGAAAGAUUUAUCCUCUUCUGUCUCUAAGAAAAGUAAGGGAAGACUGCCAAUUAUUUCUUCUCUGAAGUCUAAAUCAGCAUUGGUCCAUCCCAGUGCUCCAAAUUUCAAGGUACCUCAAGCCCCUUUCACCACUAAGAAGUUCCCAAUAUCAGAGGUCUCUGACACUUAUAAAGAAAUCCAGAUACCCCAAGAUCCUUUUGCCAUGGAACAACAUAGAACAUUUCAGUCUUGUCUCACUGAUUACAGGACACCAGUAUCACAAACCCCUGAUAAGGGGGAACUUCCCACUCUCAUGAAGCCUGUAACAUCACUACCUUCUCUUACUAUUCAACUACCCAAGACAUCUCAGAGCUCACUUUCUGAAUGGGACCAGAAAACCCGAUUCCCUCCCAUAGAUAAGUCCUGGAUUCUGACUUCAGUUUCAGGUACCAAGAAACCCAAGAUUAUGGCACCCACUUCCUAUCCUCAAGAGCUCAAAGAGAAGUAUUUUGUUGAUGUGGAGGCUCAACGGAAGAACCUGAUUCUCUUAAGUCAGGCCACAAAAGCUUCUGGACUCCCUUCACAACUACAUACAAUGGCUAGGAAUCUCAUAAUUGAGACCCUUCAUACGGACGCAGUUCGGCUAAGAUACCUAUUCCGCAAGUACAUUGCCUAUAGGCUGAUCCAGCGUGCAAGAAACAACAUAAUCAAACGAUUACUAGCCAUCCAAAAUACUGGGAAAGGUUAUGAGACCCAGAACCUCUACAUAAUGCUGAACAGAAUUGAUGACUACCAGGAAAAGGUGAUGCAGAUUUGGACAGAGAAGCAGAAGUCUCUAGAGCAGAAACGGAAUCAGUGCCUGAGGAAAAUGAUGUACUUAUUUAGCCAGCUCCAAGAGAUUUAUAAGUUGAAUCUCAGUCAACCUAUCCCUUUGAUCAUCGACAAAAAGCAAAUACAUGCCUCUACCAAAUUUGUUCAACGGACAUUCCUAGAGCUACAAAAAGAAGAGGACAGAAAGUAUGACAUUUUCAAGAAAUUUAGACAAGAAGACCAAAUAGAAGCCAUCUGGAAUGCUGAUCUAUCCACUUCAAGCUACCCAAUAACAGAGAAGACACCAAUGUAUUCAUUCUGGGCCCAGCUGGGUGGGUUCCCAGAUAUUCCGAUGCUGCUCCAGUUAGAUGUUCAGUCUACCUUCAGAAGAUCUCUUGCAUGCCUUCAGUCGAAAUAUACUCCUUGGCUGACCACAGCCCAGCUUAAAUCCAAUUUUACCUGCCUACCGCACAGCUGA